AUGGAUCUGACAGCCGUCAAGGACUUCUUGGCGGAAGCUGGCACGCCCUCUUCCGAGCAGGAGGAAAAUAAUCAACAGGAGGAGGUAGCGUCGCCCCCAAAAGAACAGACAAGUGGUGGGAGGAUCGUUCGGCGACGAGCAAGGAAAGCUUGUGUUGAGUGUCAUAAGAGGAAAGUGCGAUGCGACGUUCUUACUCGAGGGCAAGUCUGUACCAAUUGCCGUCUUGAUGGUCUACCAUGCAGACUUCCUGCAAAAGAUGGGUAUGAUCUUGUUCAGCCACAGCCACCCAGUGCAAACGUCGAAAUCGCAACCCCUCAAAUAACUGCGCCAGCACCUCUUACAGCAUCCAUCACCGAUCAUGAUCCCAUUCCAAGCAUACCAUCUUUCGUCCCAAUCCGAGACGAAUCCCCGAGUUUCUGCAACGCAUGGUCGUUCCGUCCUUCCAUAUCCACCAAACUUUCAAACACAACAACGUCGGCGACGUCUACAUCCCAUAUCGAUGUCUUAUUCUCAUACUACGGCUUCGUGGAAUCCGAGUCCCUGUCGCAUAUCCCUCCCGAGGACUUCAAAUUCUUGGAGAAUAAAGGAUGCUUCCACGUCCCGUCACGACCUGUUUUAGAUGAGUUUAUCAAAGAGUAUUUCUUACAUGUUCAUCCAGUCUUACCGAUUUUGAAUGAAGGGCAGUUUUGGGAUAUGUAUCUUGGGGAUAGCAGGCUCGGGACUUCGACAUCGAUGAAGGUGUCUCUGUUCAUGUUUAGAGCUAUUCUGUUUGUGAGCUGCAGUUUUGUAUCAGAAGACUUGCUCAAGCAAAUGGGUUUCCGCGACGCUUUUGAAGCUCGUCUCAAUUUCUAUAGACGAGCGAAACUUCUCUACGACUUCGACACUACCUCAGACUCAAUAUCCAUCGCUCAAGCAGCUUUACUGCUUACAUACUAUUCAUCUGAUCGAGAACCAUCUAUGAACACAUAUUGGCUCCGUAUCGCAAUCCAAUAUGCCCAGCAAGAACGCGCUCAUCUGUACCACCAAUCAAUAUCAAUGUCAUACGCAGAUCGCCAGAUUCGAAAACGGCUUUGGUGGUGCUGUAUCCUUCGAGAUAGGAUUUUACCUCUUGGCGUGAGGCGUUCGAUUCAGAUCACUCAUACCAUGUUUCCUCUACAUUCUGCCUCACCUCUUACUUCUUUGGAUCUGGAGUCUGAGCUGUCCCGUUCUAAAGUAUACGAUUAUUCCACGAAAAAAGUCCUCAAUAAGGUGUUGGAAAAGCAGAUUGAGUUGGCGAUCAUCUUGACGGAUGUACUUGAGGUGAUCUAUCCUAUAGGCUCUUUGGACUACAACAGUUUGAUGAAAAUGCCAAUGCGGAUUGGUGUUGUAAGAGGACGACUGGAAGGUUGGUUGAGUGGCUUCCAAUGUAGCAUGGGGGAACGUGAAAAAGUGCAACAUAAAUCCAUAACCUUAUUCCUCGGAGUAACAGAAAUAUACUACCACUCCGCCCAAGCAGCCCUCGCCCAAUACGAAUCCCUCGCCCUCCAAGCCUCCAUCACGACCCGCACGCCCCUCCACCGCACCAAAGAACUCGGCACCCACCUCCACGCCUCCAUCGCCCGCAUCUCCCAAACAGUCGGCACCCUCGUCGCCCUCGACAUCGCGCGCUACCUGCCCGUCUCCGCCGUCGCAUACAUGGCUCUCCCCAUCAUCCUGAAUUCCAUCGACCUCCAAAACACCACCAAGGUCGACCGCGGCGGCGAGAAACGCCAUCAAUUGCGCUCGUAUAAUGAGGCGAUGUCGCUGUGCCAUGCGAGAUAUACGGGGACGGGCAUGUGUUUAAGGUAUAUCGAUCAGACGAUCGCAGCGGCGAAAGCGGAUCUCGCGGUCCCGGCGACGGAGUGUUCAUCGAGGGAGGUGUUGGAGAAGGUGAUGGAGGGGGGGAAUGGGAUGGAUGACUGGUUUGAGGCGUUUGUGGUGCGGCCCAGGCAGUAUCUGAGGAUUGCGUUGACGGUCGAUGUGUGGAUGUGCAAGGGGAAGAUGGCGGGGCAGGAGGAUUUGCCGCGGGUGUUGAUGUUGGAGGAUGGGGAGAGGUCGGAGAGUGUUCUUGGUGUGGGUGUUCCCAGGAGCUUGGGGUUUGGGAGUGAGAGUGUGGGUGGGGUCGAGGAGUUGCUGUCGGAGGAGGUGCAGGGGCCGAAGGAGAUGGUGUUGGUAGAGGGCGAGAAGAGGAGAAGGGAUUUGGAUUAUUUUGAUUUUGGGGGUGGGGAGAUGGUUGAUGAUGUUUUGGUGGAUGAGCUGGGAUUUGGUGUAGAGGGUGGUGGGGAGAGUGAGAGGGGGAGUAAUGGUGUUGAUGUUGAGAUUGAAUUGGGGAGUGAAGGGGAGGGAGAUUCUCAAUCUAUGGAUCAGGAGGAUUGGAAUGGUGCAAUGGUAGAAGGAAUCCUGGAGGAUGUUUUGAGGAUUGGCUCAUUCUGA